ACACCCGUACUGCUUUUGACGUUUGUUUGUUGACAAAAAAGGAAACACGUUUUUGUGGUUUCGUCCUCGUUUUUGCUUAAAUCCGUGUAAUAAAGGACAAUCAGCAGCGUAAUGGAUACGGUAGAAGAUGAACAGUCCAGCGUGGGAAAGCAGCAUCAUAAAAAUCGUGCCAAGAAGCGAAAGCGAGCCAAGAAGUUCCUGCAUAAUGCGAAGGGGUUCGGGCGUAUCGGCAGUUUCGGCCGCGGUGAGGAUUUAGACCAGAGUCAGUACAACUAUCUGCUCAGCAUUCUCGACAGUAUGGGCAAGACGGAGGGUACGGAAGAGCGUCAGCUGAUGGCGAACAAUGUGCUCGGUCAGCUGGAAGGUAAAGAGAUCCGCACCUCAUCGAACCAGCUCGGAAGCCGGGUACUGGAGAAUCUGCUCACCUAUGCGGACGAGGAAACGUUUGCCCGUUUAAUGGACACCCUGGCGGAGCACUUCCGUGUCGUGUGCUGCGAUUCGUUUGCCUCGCAUGUGCUCCAGCGGGUGCUGUACGUGGCAAUGCUACGUACCGUAGCGCCCCUGCAAGAACAACCAGAACAGGAGCAUGACGAAAAGGCGGCCGAGCUGAAGGAAUCGGCAGAGAAGAAACGGAAGCUUACAGCUGGCGGCGACGAACGCGGACCGAAGGACAUUUGGCCCAGUUUUACCUACAGCCUGCAGGAACCGUAUAGUGACGAGCAUCGACGAGCGUGCGGCGCGUUUGUGGAACGGUUAGCCAAGUUUCUGGUGAACAAUCUCGAAGAGUUCGUCUGGAACUGCACAGCCAACUACGUCGUGCGGCAGUGCAUGCUGCAUCUGAGCGGUAUCGCCGAGAUGAAGGUGGCCUUGGUAGGAGGCGGUGCCGGAACACGCGAUUCCGGAGGCGACAAGGAAACGGUUAAAAGGCUAGUGGUGCCGGAGAGCUGGAGCAAACUGUUACACAGCUUCAAUCUGCACCUGCUGGAAUGGCCUCAGUUUGCGGAUCUACCGUUCGGUAAUCUUACCUCGAUCGUACUACAAACAUUGCUACAGGCGAUCGCCAACAGUAAUGAUCCGUUUCAGCUCGAGCAGCUUUGCACUAAGCUACACACCGAGUGCUUCCUUGCCAAUCUUGUGGAGGCAAAUAACGAUGAAAUGGACGAGAGCGCAAACCAAUAUACUGCAGCGGGAAAGCAAGAGGAAAUGAAACUGCCCCAGCUUUUCCACUGUGAGGGUACUGUCCGGCUUCUGGAGGUGUGCCUCUCAGUAGCCUCUCCCGAGUUUCUGCGCGAGAAGCUCUUUGCUGAGCUGUUCCGCGAACGGUUGAAACCGCUGGCUCUGUCGAGAGCGUGUAACUUUGCCGUUCAGAAGCUGAUCGAUCACACCGCAGACAAGGAUACGAUGGAGACAAUCUUUGGCGAACUGGAAGGCAGCCUGGAGUCCAUCCUGCGCCGUGGUCACUCGGGUGUAGUGCUAGCCCUGACCAACGCAUGCGUUAGGCUUUCCUGUCAGCAGGGAAAGUUCAUAAAGCAACUACUCGAUGCUCUGCACUGUGGCGAUGCCGGAUCGGAGAAGCUGCUGACUGCAGUUCUAUAUCUGAUGCCAGCCAACGUGACAUCCGCUACCGCACCGAAGAUUCACAUACACGGUUCACUCAUUCUACAAGCGAUACUGGAAUUCAAUAAGCCCAUCAAAUUUGUUACGGCCCUACUCGAGAUGAAUGCGGAGCGGUUGGUGGAGAUUCUGCGUGAUCCGCGUGGUUCAUUCAUCGCCAACGCAUUCGUACGAUCGCGAUUUGUUGGUGAGAAGUCACGCGAAAAGAUGGUACGCCAUCUGGAGGGCCAGUACGGUCAACUGGCACUGACGUCGCACGGUUCGCGCGUGGUUGAGCUGUUUUACGAGGCGGGUAAUCCGGCGCAAAGGGAAAACAUUGUGCGCGAACUUUCCGACAGCUCUGCUCAGCUUAGUGGCAAACCGUGGGGUUUUAUCCUCAACAAGCGACUACUAAUCGAUACAUAUAAGCGUGAUCCGGCCCGUUGGAAGGUGGCGAUAAAGAGCGAUGCAAAGGUAGAACGGAUGUUCGAUAAGAUCGUUGGUGGCAAAAAGCGAAAAGCACAAGCAUAACGUUCAAUAAAAGCCACAUAAUAGCAGUGUGGGAUAUCCAUCCAGCUCCAUAUGAUCUGGAUAGAAGUAU